GUUUUGUUUGCUGUAUCCGACGGGGGGCGGACAGCUGAGCGCAGAGUGCUUGUCCUUGAGACAUGACUGCCCGAAGGUUUCCCCAUCUAUAUUCCCGGGACAGUUCAAGUUUUUAGCGCGUCCGUCUGACAAGAUGCUGGGUGUUUUUGUCAGAGCCGCGAUGCGGCCAGGUAUGGUGAAGCCAUGUCACCUAGUCAGAACCGUAACGCAGAUCCUUGCAAGGCCCUUGACACACCAAGAGGGUCUGCCUAAGCUACCUGUGCCACCCUUGAAUCAAACGUGUGAGCGCUACCUCGCAGCUUUGGAGCCCCUCGUCAGUGAUGAAGAGAUGGAUCACACCAGGAAGGUGGUACAGGAGUUCCUUAAGGGUGGUGUAGGAGAAAGGCUUCAAAAGGGACUGGAAAGGCGGGCACGCAAGACGGACAACUGGUUAACAGAAUGGUGGAUGCAGUCGGCCUACCUGGAUUGCCGUAUGCCAGUGGCAGUUUACACCAGCCCUGGAGUAGUCCUGCCACAGAUGCACUUUCAUGAUCGUCAAGGUCAAAUGAGGUUUGCUGCCAAAUUAAUUGCAGGAGUUUUGGACUUUAAAAAAAUGAUUGACACUCAGACUCUGCCUGUAGAGUAUUUGAGUGGGAAGCCUCUUUGUAUGGACCAGUAUUACCAGAUCCUGUCUUCUUGUCGUAUUCCUGGACCAAAGAGAGAUACCGUUUUAAAUCAUGCCAGUGGAAAAACACCUCCGACUCACAUCACUGUGGUCCACAACUUCCAGUUUUUUGUCCUAGAUGUGUACAACAGUGAUGGCACUGCACUAACAGUGGAUCAGAUUUAUAUGCAGCUGGAGAAGAUCUGGAACUCCUCUUUGCAGACUAACAAAGAACCGAUUGGCAUCCUCACAUCACAGCACCGCAACACUUGGGGAAAAGCCUAUAAUAACCUGAUUAAGGAUAGGACGAAUAAAGACUCAGUCCGUGCCAUCCAGAAAAGUAUUUUUACAGUUUGUUUGGAUGCUCCAAUGCUGCGGGUGUCUGAUGACUUGUAUCUGAGCCGCGUAGCUGCCCAGAUUCUGCAUGGAGGAGGUGCUCGUUGGAACAGUGGCAACCGCUGGUUUGAUAAGACGCUACAGUUCAUUGUUGGUGAAGACGGUGCAUGUGGACUGGUGUAUGAACAUGCACCUGCUGAGGGUCCACCCAUCGUGUUUCUCAUCGAUUACGUUAUUAAAUACAUGCAGAGGACUCAAUUCCGUCGCGCUCCCAUGAUUCCCCUGCCCAUGCCCCAGAAGCUGCGUUUUAACAUUACACCCGAGGUCAAGAGAGAUAUUGAGAAGGCCAAACAAAAUAUGAACAUAAUGGUACACGACUUGGAUGUGAAAGUGCUUGUGUUUUCUCACUUUGGAAAAAAUGUGCCAAAGAAGCAUAAGCUCAGUCCAGAUGCCUUUGUGCAAAUGGCUCUUCAGCUGGCGUACUUCAGGAUCUAUAAUAUUUGCUGCUCUACCUAUGAGAGUGCUUCCUUAAGAAUGUUCAAAUAUGGGCGAACAGAUGCAAUCCGCUCAACUACUGCAGAGUCGCUUGAAUUUGUCCAGGCAAUGCAAGACCCAGCUAAACAGAGCGCAGAGAAGCUGGCACUGCUGCAGAAGGCCAUUCAGACACAUAAAGAAAACACGUACAACGCAAUUCAUGGGCAGGGCAUUGACAGACACCUUCUUGGGCUCAAGAGGCAGAGCAUAGAAGACCUGACCUCUAUACCUGAGAUAUUUAUGGACACUUCUUAUGCUGUGGCUAAUCAUUUUAAUCUCUCCACCAGCCAGGUUGGCUCCAAGACAGACUGUGUGAUGUGCUUUGGUCCAAUGGUGCCAGAUGGCUAUGGAGUGUGUUACAAUCCCAUGGAUGAGCACAUCAACAUCGCCAUCACAGCCUUUAACAGCUGCGAGGAGACAAAUGCUGCCAACUUUGCCCAGGCUGUAGAGGAAGCACUGUUGGACAUGAGAGCUCUCUUGGAAGACACAGCUACAGCCAAGCAGUGAUCCCACACAGGAACCUGGCACGGUGUUUUUGUGCCCCCGCCGGGCUGUGGCUGUAGCUGAACCUGGAACAAUGCCACACUGACACAGACCUGCAAUGGACUGAGUGUGUUGGAGCUAUGGGGAAACCAGUUUUUAAAGGAAUUAUGGGAAGUUUACCGUGUGACUAUCAGUAUUGAGAUAGAGCUAUAUAUAGGUGUGUGUGUGUGUGUGUGUGUGAACUUUAGAUUAUUUACUAACUGUAAUAGUAUAAGUACGCCCUCCUUUUUUAUACUUCAGCAGUUCUGUGUGCUAUCUUCCAAAUGACUUUUUCCUUGCUUAAGUUAAAGAUUUUGAGUGCUUUGGUUUGUUUAUUGUUUAUUUAAGGUCAAAAUAAUUUGCAUAUAGUUAUAACAGUUAAUGAAAAAGGAUCUUACUUAAAGAUCCUUUUUCAUUUCACUUUCACUUGAAGAUAUAAUAUGCAGUUAUGAACCACAAGAACUGUAUGGUGGUAAGUAAAUCUGCAGGGAAACAGCCUUCUUGUAAUUUCUUAUUUUCCUUUUUCAGGGGUGUUGCCUUUGUACAAAGGGUGUGUAGUCUCUGACCAACAACUGAGAGUGUGAGUGCAGGAUUCUGUAAAAAUGUAGAACGAGGGGCAUUACUGUCACUGUCUGUCUUCUCCAUUGACCGUGUCAUGAAAAGCCGCAGAGGUCCUUCUGUUCGGUGGGUCUGAGCGGAGCCAGAGGCAACAGCAGCCAUCAUGGAGCAUGCGCUUCAGGUGCAUUCCCACAAAACCCAGCAAUGCAGCACCUCCCUUCACAGUUGCGAUUUAGAACGAAAAGUGCUGCGAAACAAUCACGUUAUCACAAAUAACAUUUCAUUUCACAGCUAUUUGAGUCACAGCUUCGUUCUUGUUAACACCGCUCCUUUUCAUCUUUCACCUUUUUCAGCUCGCGUGAGCACCGCUCCUCCCUCUCGCUUUGUGGAGCCAGAUAGGAGGGGCCAAAUAUAAAUGUUGUGUUCAGUUUAUAGAAAUCACAUAACUGAUGACUGCUGCAUAUUAUACCUUUAACUCUUUCUUCUCAACAGAGCACAAGUGAACAUUGUCAAAAACAGUAUCUGGUAUCAAAGGCGCACAAAUGAAUAUCGAGCUCUGAAGCUUCCUUCAGAAUGCAGGUAGUCUCCGUGAAAUUCAACCUCAGCCAUAUUUCCCGAUGAGUGCCACUGAAACAGCUGGUUACCUUUAAACACGUUGGUCUUUAAAACAUCCUUGUCCCGGAUCUGAACAACACAACAAGAAUAUUGCAGUAGUUAUACUCGUGCGCUUUUUGCCCUUGUAAGAUAUACAGCAUAUUGAACCAACACAUGUUAGAGAGCUUGUUCGCACCAUUAUGUAUGUAGACUGGGAGUUUGUGGUGUUGAAUACUAAUCCUAUGUGUAGUGCUUGGAUUCUGAUCUUCACUGAGGGAGGGGCGUUGAUGAGCACUCGACAGGUGUGGUUAGUGCUGGACGUUAUUGGAUUCUCAAACACACCGCUGGGGGAGAACAGCUGAAUGUCACAAUCUGAGGGGCAAAUAUGAGGCGCAUUGGAUCGUUGGUUAACAAGUUAUCAUCACUAUAGUCUGUGUGCAGUUUUUGUGCAAUUGCAAUAAAAUUUACAGUUGUCUACAA